UAUAUAUAUAUAUAUAUAUAUCUCUGAUCAGAAACCGAGAUCUCUGCAACAACAACUGCAUUUUUUUCACACACAGAUUACGUUCGGUGUUUUGACUUUGUUCUGAGCUUUUACAUCUGGUUGAAGUGAUUUAAGAUUGACUUUUGUUCUGGAGGAUGUAUUGGGAUUUGCAAUGACUGGUGGAGGUUAAGGUUGUUGAAUGUGGAUGCAGACAAUGGGGUCUCAAGGUGAUGGAGAUGGGAAUGGGAAACAGUCUCAGUUUCAGCCAUUGGCAAGUCCAAACUCGAUGUACAGUCUUACCCUUGAUGAGGUCCAGAAUCAAUUGGGUGACUUGGGGAAGCCACUGAGCAGCAUGAAUCUUGAUGAACUUCUGAAAAAUGUGUUUACUGCCGAGGCUCAUCAACCUAUGGGUCGAGAAAUCGAGGAUCCCAAUUUGGCCAAUCAGAAUGCUCUGCAGCAUCAGGCAACAAGCCUAUCGUUGACUAGUGCUCUGAGCAAAAAAAGGGUUGAUGAGGUUUGGAGAGAUAUUCAACAGACCAAGAAUAAUGGGGAAAUUAAGUCUCCAAAAAGGCAGCCUACUUUGGGAGAGCUGACUUUGGAGGAUUUCUUGGUAAAAGCGGGAAUUAUAGCUGAGGCAUCUUUGAAUAAGAAGGGUGGUUGUCUCAUUGUUGGAUCUGAUCCAAAUGCAGCACAACAGUUCCCACAACAAGGUCAGUGGAUGCAGUACCUACAUCCACAACAAAGCAUGAUUGGUGUUUAUAUGCCUAGCCAAUUGAUGCCACAGUCAUUGCCUGUGGGAGCUGGUGCUCUUUUGGAUGUUAUGUACCCAGAGAACCAGGUGGCAUUGCCUUCACCUUUGAUGGGAACAUUGUUAGAUGCACAAGCAGCUGGCCGGAAACGAGGCACUCCAGAGGCUAUUAUUGAGAAAACUGUUGAAAGGAGGCAGAAGAGGAUGAUAAAGAACCGGGAAUCCGCUGCUCGUUCCCGAGCAAGGAAGCAGGCUUACACAAAUGAACUGGAGAACAAAGUUUCACGCCUUGAAGAGGAAAAUGAAAGACUCAGGAAACGGAAGGAGAUGGAGAAGUUGUUGCCUAGUGCACUUCCAGAGCCAAAGUAUCAGCUUCGCAGGAUUGCAUCAGCCCCAUUCUAACAUUUGGCAGUCCAGAAAAGUUUUGUAGAUAAGAGAGUCCCUGGCCAAGUCAGUCCUCUUCGUUUCCCCUUAGAGGAAACGAAGAGGAAUCCCCUCUGAAAGAGCAUCUGUCUUCUGCGGACAGAUUGCUUUCUGCUUUGUACCUAUUUGUGUAUAGCAAUUGCUUUAGACACAUCCCCCGCGGUGUUUUAAUUAUAUAUCUAAUUGUGACUUCAAGAAA